AUGUCCGGCUCACAAACAUUUCGCCGUUGUCUUCAUCUGGGUUUGCGACUUGAUAAGGGACGUACACAAUACUAUAACAAACACAUGAAAGUCGAGGAUCCGAAGCUGCAAGAUCCCGAGUAUUUUGAUAAAAUUGCCAACUCGCUUCCAUUGGGUAUGUUCUUUCAAUGGAAGUCUUUCCGCUGAAGCACUCAGAUUUCAGCCGCGUAUAAAUUCUUGGAUUGAUUGGCUCGCGGUUUCCAGCGACAGCCGAGAUAUUCAACGAGUUUGAGAUUGAAAAAAUCUGUCAAAUUUACAACCCUAGUUGACCUUACAUUUUGAAACCUGGAGUUGAGAAAAAACUUCUUGUAAACCCGCAAGAAGUUUUUUACAUGGUGAAAAUUAUGUUUGCCAACUUUCGAACGAAUUCUGUUUAGUCUAACAUUGAUUUUUUCUUUUUUGAAUUAAUAAUGGCGUUUUUUUCAGACAAAACUUACAUUGACAGUUUGAAAACCCUUUGGGUCAAGAAAAUUGGUGCAGAACGGGAGCUGAUGAUGAAGGCAUCUGAUAGUUUGAUUGGGAGGUCAGAAGGUGACUACGCUCUCCCUUAUGUUGAUAUCACUCAGCCGAAGUUAGAGUAUAGAAACGUCGACAUUCUCAGAGACUGUCCUGAAGAGAUCAAAAAAAUUUUCAGCAUUGAAUUCGGAAAAAGAAGCGACCUGACGGCCGUCUGGAAGAAGGCCAUGGUGGAUGAUGUCAAGUUAGACAAGUACGACAGCUCAUCUCUUCAAUCAAAAAGUUUGUGGCACAAUCAAAUCUUUAAAAUCGACAUAUUUCAGUUGCGUUAUGUACUGCCCUUAUUCGUCAUUGGACCGCAUUGGUUGACGAGCUCCAAUUGCGUGACCCAAAGAAACCCGCCCGGUUAACCACCAGAAUAUUUCUGGUCUUGGGCUACAGGCGCAAGUUGCUCCGGCAUCUUCGUGAACAAGAUUUCGAUGCAUUUGAAAAGAUCUUAAAAGAUCUAAAGAUUUCGUAUCAGGUUGUAAAGCCUCCAGAACAUCGUAAAACCCGUAAAGAAUGGUCCGAAUUCAAGCUGAAGCAGAGGGUCGAGGCAGAGAAAGAAGAUCGUCUUGAGGAACUGAGAGUCAGCUUUGAAGAGAAGCGUCUUAAACGACUUCCAGAAUUGGAAAACAAGAUGCGGGAAUUGCAGAAUAAGGAGAAUAGAGUGCAGAAACGAAUUCAAGAACUCGUCGCAGUUGAAGGGAACAACGUCGAGACCAAUGGGAUUUAUGAACAGCAGCUAAUUCAGGAACUCUCAGAAGUAGUCAUGCAUAAUCAGUUAUUGUACUUCGACAGACCCGUUUCUACAAAUUAG